GGUCACCUACUCCUGUGACACCCACCUGGUUCUGGUGGGAGAGACUGUGGCCACAUGCUCUCUCCCUUCUCUAACAUGGCUGCCUAGUACUGAUGAUGUCACCUGUGUACAACCACAAGGUAUUUUAGUACAAUAUGACUAGCCAUUGACUUAGUUUUUGACCAACAAUAUUCAGUUGUAUUAACCAGCUCAAGUAUAGUGACCAGCAAAACACCAGUGGUAACAGUUACACCGACCAAGCAACCAAUGAAUGGUGAUAAAGGAGGCAGUUCUCUGAGUACAGCAGAAGCAGUGGUUACAACAGGAGUAGUGUGUGUAUUGUGUAGCUUCACUGCUGGACUGCUACUUGGUGUUCUACUGACUCUGUGUCAUGGUCACUGUCAUAGGAAGGGCAAGAGAGGCCAGACUGAGAUACCUCCUGUUUACGAGGACAUUCCCUUGGAGAAGACACCUCCCAUUGAACUUAACACCAUUAAGGCUUAUGGACCUAUAUCUCCCAACUAGCUCAUGUGUUUUUUCAACCUGUAUUAUUUUCCAGUAUUGCUUGCUAGUUUGAAACAAAUUUAGGGUUGGUAAUGCUGCCUAUACAUCUCUGAAGAACUAUG